UUACAAGUCAUUUCCACUUCCGUUGCAUUCUUUCUCGUCUUCUGCUCCAGCAUGGCGACAACAGCGUUUCAGUUUUAUAAGGCGUCAAAUAAAGUACAUUCGGUACCGCCGGUUUUUCUGCUUGCAUUUCGGGGACUGCGGACGACAUGGGUUUCUUUGAAGAACAUACGCGCAGGUGUUCCAAAAGCAACAAUCAACAGAAAUAAACCCUUAACGUAUGAGCAGGCACAAGCCCCCUUCAAAAUAGGUGUUACCAAAAGCUGGAACUCUUGGCACACGGUACUUGAUAAAACUUGCAUGCACUUUUACAAACCUGAAAUAAAUGUCUUGUGCAACAAUCCUUUCUUCCGCUACAGACAUUUAUGGUCUGAUCAAGGGGAUGGUGAGAGAGAGGAAAAGAAGAUCAAAGAGAAAAAUGGGCUAAUCUUGACCAAGGAACGAUUUGAUGCAAGACCUGCACUUAUGACAUUUGAUGAUUUCCUUAUUCGAAGAUUUAUGACAGGGACUUGGCCAGGUCUUCUGGCAUCUGAAGUGAUCAUUAAGCGACGUCACAAUAUGAUAGUUGUGGCAUGCCUGGUUUUUCAGCAUCUGACUCCACGCAAGAUCUACUUCCUACUAGGGUAUAGUGAGGAAAUGCUUUCCUUUUUGUUAAAAUGUCCAGUGAAGUUAGAGAUUCAAACUGUACAAGACAAGAAAGAUGUUAUUUUCAAAAUGAUAUGAUUCAGAAUGAGUGAAGAGAUCCGACACUCUGUGUAGCCAUCUUUAAAUAAAAGGUUGCAUGAUAGUCAGAAAGAAAGUGGAGAAAUCCAAA